AUGGAUAUAAAGGAUUUUAUUGCAUUUUAUAUUUUUCUACCUGCUUUUCUUGAAGCACAACAAGGUACACGUUGCGCAAAUGGUUGGAUACAACAUCAUGAUAAAUGUUAUUUCUUCAGCAAAGUGAAGGAACCCUGGUUUGCGGCAUCUGCCCUCUGUGUGGCUUAUGGUGGCCGGCUAGCAGAACCAGUGACACAGGAAGAAGUUGCAUUCUUAUCAAGAGAAACGGUUCAAAUUGGAAAUGGUGGACAUUACCACUUAGGCGUGACGGAUGCUUUUCUGGAGGGUGAAUGGGUCUACGCCUCCAGAAAGUCUCCAGUGAAAAUACACAUUCCCUGGGUGGGAGGAGGACCAGAUAACUAUCAUGAAGAGGACUGCGCUGCUAUUGAUUCUAGCACUACUUUUCACGGACAAUGGACAGAUGCUCCUUGUCAUCUUUCUUAUUAUUUCAUCUGCGAAUACAGUUUAGAGUAA